CAUCCCCUUCAUAAAUGCAUGAUGGCGGAUCACAGAUUUUCGGUAUCGCCUAAAGACAUCACCGAUAUCAUAACCUGGUUGACGUAUGCAGUCAUAAUAAAUAAUAAAUUUUGUAGCUGAUCACGUGGAGACAGUGUCUGAAUAAUUUAACCCCCGCGUUGCCAAACAAGUGUAUGCUCCUCUUUGUGCGCGCGCGCUAGGACGCCGCGUACAGUUGCAGCAUCAGUGAGGAAGUACCGACCCCUUAAUCCCCAAUGAUGAUUUAUUCGCCGACAGCGCUGCUUUGACUUGGUGUGUAUUAUGUGUACAUUAUGUAUAUUAUAUGAGACGCAAACAGAAAUGUAUCCUGUUUGGAUAGCAGCUGCGUUUGGACUACGACACCGUAUCACAGUGAUCUGAACCGCAGCACAUCAGCACAGCUGGACAGCGGGCACCUCUGAAGCACUGCUUCAUCUUCAUCUCCAGAUCAUGUGGAUCUCGCUGAUAAUGAUGCUCCAGUGAAGAAUAGUAAGACCGCAACAUCUCAGCAGCUUUCUGUGGGACCCAUUCAUAAUCACAAAGUCCAUAUCCCAAAAACGACACUUUUAAUUCUCCACAGACUCUAAUCCUAUUUCUGGAAGCCCUCUAAACUAUAAAACCAGGCUCCAGGAUGAGCGGACUCUUUGCCAAACUGGACCCACGGCGGAUUCAGUGGGGGGCCACCUGGUAUGCCUUCCAGUCCCGCAUCCUGCGCACAAAGCCGGUGGAGUCGAUGCUGGAGAGCACCGGAGGUGGCACCGGAGCUCAUGGCACCAAACUUGCCCGCGUGCUCUCCACGGUAGACCUCGUGUCUCUGGGAGUGGGAAGCUGCGUAGGUACGGGCAUGUACGUGGUAUCUGGACUUGUUGCUAAGGAAAUGGCAGGACCUGGGGUCAUUGUGUCUUUUAUCAUUGCUGCCGUGGCCUCCAUCCUGUCAGGGGUGUGUUAUGCCGAGUUUGGUGUGCGGGUGCCUAAAACCACAGGUUCGGCCUAUACCUAUAGCUAUGUGACAGUGGGUGAAUUUGUGGCUUUUUUCAUUGGCUGGAAUCUGAUUUUGGAGUAUCUGAUUGGCACUGCAGCAGGAGCCAGUGCACUUAGCAGUAUGUUUGACUCGCUGGCCAAUCACAGCAUCAGUGGUUUCAUGAUCAACCACAUAGGAACACUCAAUGGCCUGGGUAAAGGCGAGCAGUCGUAUCCUGACAUCCUGGCACUCGUCAUAGCCAUCCUGGUCACAGUGAUAGUCGCUCUGGGUGUAAAGAAUUCAGUGGGCUUCAACAAUGUGCUGAACGUCAUCAAUCUGAUGGUGUGGGUCUUCAUAAUGAUUGCAGGACUGUUCUUCGUCAGUGGGAGCAAUUGGGACGAGGGGAGAUUCUUACCUUAUGGCUGGUCGGGGGUCAUGCAGGGUGCAGCCACUUGCUUCUAUGCCUUUAUUGGAUUUGACAUCAUAGCCACCACUGGAGAGGAAGCCAAGAGUCCCAAUACCUCCAUCCCUUAUGCUAUCACUGCCUCUCUGGUCACCUGCCUUACUGCCUAUGUCUCUGUGAGUGUGAUCCUUACAUUAAUGGUUCCCUACACAGAAAUUGAUGAAGAUGCUCCACUGAUGGAAAUGUUUUCUCUACAUGGUUUCCAAACUGCAAAAUAUAUAGUGGCCAUUGGCUCAAUUGCCGGACUUACAGUUAGUUUGUUAGGAUCUCUGUUCCCAAUGCCGAGAGUCAUCUACGCCAUGGCAGGAGAUGGUUUACUCUUCAGGUUCUUGGCUCAUGUGAGCACAUACACAGAGACACCUGCAGUGGCCUGUGUGGUAUCUGGGUUUCUCUCAGCUCUGUUGGCUCUGCUUGUCAGCCUGAGGGACCUAAUUGAGAUGAUGUCCAUCGGCACCCUGCUCGCCUACACAUUAGUGUCGGUGUGUGUCCUACUGCUGCGCUACCAGCCCGAAGGAGACAUCCACGGUUUCGUCAAUUUCCUUUCAGAGCAGAACGCGAAGCGCAAAGAAGGGGUAUUGGCUGAGUGUGAGAAAGAUGCCUGUUCGCCGGUAAGCGAGGGCGAUGACUACGGAGGACCUGCCACAAAUACCUGCGGAGCAAAGAACCUCCCGUCGCUGGGAGACAACGAGAUGCUGAUCGGUAAGCCCGACAAAUCCACCUACACCUCCAGUCACCCGAACUACGGCACCGUGGACAUGUCCUCAGGCAUCGAAACGGACGAAACGGACGGCGCUUACUUGCUCAAGCUAAAGAAGCUGCUGGGGCCGCGCUAUUACACCAUGCGCAUCCGGCUCGGCCUGCCGGGAAAGAUGGACCGGCCCACUGUCGCCACGGGCCGCACCGUCACCCGAUGCGUCAUCCUGCUUUUCAUUCUCAUCUUCUGCUUCUGCUCCCUCAUCAUCUUCGGGUCGGUUCAGAUCGCAGAGGGUCAGUGGUGGGCUGUGCUUUUGCUGGUGAUACUUCUGCUGGUCAUCACGCUCUUGGUCUUCAUUAUCAUUCAGCAGCCUGAGAACCCCAAGCGUCUCCCCUACAUGGCUCCCUGCGUUCCCUUCGUCCCAGUCUCUGCCAUGCUGGUGAAUAUUUACCUCAUGCUCAAGCUUUCCAGCAUCACGUGGAUCCGUUUUGGUGUGUGGUGCCUUGUGGGCAUUCUAAUCUACUUUGGCUACGGCAUGUGGAACAGCACCCUGGAGAUCACGGCACGUGAGGAGGAAGCCCACGCCAGCACGUACCAACGCUAUGACAUGGGUGUGGAUGACAAUUUGGCAGCGGAUGAUGAUCUGUAUCCUUCAGGAGAUGGGGGUCAGUUCCAGAGCUGGAAAUCCCAUGAGGGCAAAGGUGGGCACCAGAAACAGCAACGCCAGGAGCAGCACGACUCUCAGCAUGAAGUCCUGGACAAGGUUGACAACAAUAGGACCUCCUCUUACUCUUCAAACAGCAGGGCCAAAAGCAAAGCUGGCAAAGCCAGUCCAGGCUUUGAGGCGCUGGUGGUCGAUGAUGAUUUGGACGAUCCUUUGGAAUGAGAAAGCAGUUUGAAUGUACUCGUCUGCCAACAGCUGCAGAACCCUUGGGCUAGGUUGUUAUCUCUCUGCAGUGAAUAUUUAUAUCAUUCCCAUGUCUUCAUUCGCAGAUGUUUUCUUCGUUUGUUUUUUACUAGAGAUACAGGAUAGCCAGAAUGAUCAGGGUGGUGUCCUUUAUCUUUAAAACACAUUUUGAUUGUGUUCAAUCCUUUUUAAAUUACACAGCACCUUUAACGAUUCAUUAGUUUGGUCCUGAGUUUUUAGAUUUACCAGGCACUUGAAUAUGUCCUAUUUAUUGUCUCACUUAAUAGCACCACCAAAAUUAUAGACUAGCAAAAAAUAUAUUGUCAUCUAUUGAAUAGUUUAUAGCUUAUCACAGUCCCACAGCUUCCCCU